AUGCCAUCUGGACAGGGAGCAGCAGGGGGUAUCGGCGCUGCAGCAGUCGUCGAAUUCCUCAAUGCUGACUGCAAGGUGACUGGCCAUGAUGUGCGUGAAAUCGAGAAUGCCCCCGGCGAACCGGCAGAGAACUUCUAUGCCGUCAAAGGUGACAUGUCCGACCCUGAGCAGAUCGAAGCAUGCUUCAAGGCCGCACAAGACCACUUUGGACAGCCGGUCAAUAUGCUUAUCGCCAAUGCCGGUGUGUCCGAUGAGUCGCAUGCAUGGCCGAUCUGGAAGAUCCCGCUUGAUGUUUGGGAGAAGCGAUACCAUAACAACGUACGAGGAACUUUCCUGACUAUCAAGUAUUUCCUCCUCGCUGCCGAGGCAUGGCAAGAAAAGAACGGCAGAGAGCUCGAUAACCUCAGUAUCGUGCUCACGGGGUCCGAGACGGCGGUCUACGGCCAGGCCGGACACUCCGAUUACGCAUCUGGGAAAGCGGGCUUGCAGUACGGCCUGGUUCGAUCGGUCAAGAACGAGAUUGUGCGACUAAACCGUAAAGCGCGCAUCAAUGCCGUGGCGCCCGGGUGGAUUGAUACGGCAAUGAACUAUGGUCGUCUUGAUAAUGCGCAUGAAUACUGGUUUGAGGCCCAGGCGACGGUCCCGAUGGCCAAGAUCGGCGAACCUGAAGAUAUUGCGAGGACUAUGGCAUUUUUGGCGUCUCACAGGACUGCUGGCCACAUUACAGGUCUUUGCAUCAGCGUCGAUGGCGGGAUGGAAGGCCGCAUCGUCUGGCCUGAGAAGAUGCUGAAUGGAGCGGUCCCAAUCACGGUACAUACGCAUCCGGACAUAUCCCAGACCCAGGAAAACACGAGAUUUAACUAG